AAGCCAUGGCAAAAGCAUCCACGCAAGUCCUAGUGACUUUUUCUCGGUACUUAUCUUCUUCUCCACUGCGACCUCUGGAGUUCGACAGUGUUGUUUUUUUAUUUUUGUUUUGAUGAUUGAUCUUUCCGCUUGAGUUCCUGGCUAGAAUCCUGAAAUCAAUCCUGAAAUCCCAGAAAGAAAAAAUACGUAAAGAUGGGGCCUAAGCUUCCUUUGACCCACUUGAGAAUAUCGCCUGCCUCUAAUUGUUAUUUGAUUUCUUACGACAAGGGAGAGUUUUGUAAAUACAAAUUCCCUGCAAGAAUAGUUUCAGAGCAGAAGUUCCCGUUCAAGUUCGUACGACAAUCUUUGGGGGAUAGAUGGAAGCUGAAUGAUAUAAGCGCUGGCUCAAUCCAAGAAAGAAUGAAUAUAUGGCUAUCAAAGACCCAAGACUUUUUGAAUGAAGUGUCUUCCCCGCUUGCAAAUCUGGUCAAAAUAGAAAGUCUGGUCCUAAAGAUGAUCUUGAAUUUCAAGUUAUGGAAGACAUAUUUAUGGUAGAGCAGACAAUAGACCGCAGAACAGAAAAUGGCAUUCUUUCUCUAGCUGCUGUUACAUGUAUUGAGCAAUUUAGCAGGUGAAUGCGUGCGCUACAUUUUUAUCUUAGAUAUGCAGGAUGAAUGGGCUGACUGGGAGGAAAAUGCAGAAAAUUUAUGAAGCUCUUGUUCCUGAUUCAGUAUACAGAGAUGCCCGUAAUUUGGUUGAAUAUUGCUGCUUUAGGUUCUUGUCAAGGGAUAGCUCUCAUGUUCAUCCUUCCCUAAAGGAACCUGCUUUCCAGAGGCUUGUAUUCAUAACCAUGCUUGCAUGGGAAAAUCCUUACAGUGAUGAGCUUUCAAGUAUCUCAAGAGAAGGCUUCUUUCCAGAGUAAGCUCGUCACGGAAGAGGCUUUUGUUCAUAUUGCUCCUGCUGUCGCUGGUGUGGUUGACCGCCCCACAGCACACAAUCUAUUCAAGGCUCUAGCCGGUGAUGAAAGGGGGAUCUCUUUGGGCUUGUGGCUGACUUACAUUAACGAACUUGUCAAAGUGUAUGAAGGACCCAAGUCGUAUCAUAUCCCAGAGUUUCCUCAACUUUCUGAGGAGAGAAUUCUAUGCAUUGGUUCCAACAGGAAAAGGCCUGUAUUGAAAUGGGAGAAGAAUAUGGCAUGGCCUGGCAAGCUCACUCUUACCGAUAAAGCCAUCUACUUUGAGACCGUUGGCUUACUGGGAGAGAAGAAAGCCAUGGACUGGAUCUUUCAUAUGAAGGAUUACAGGUGGAGAAAGCAAAGUUGGACCUUUAGGGUCUUCUCUUUUGACUCUGCUGUUUCUGUUUCCUUGGCUCAGA